ACUCCCAGCCAGGCACCGGCCUCAGAGUCCUCGGGCACCCGAGACGCCUCUCGUAGUCGGCCCUGCCGGGCCUGCAUAGACUUCAAGACGUGGAUGAGGACGCAGCAGAAGCGGGACAGGAAGUUUAGGGAGGAUUGUCCACAGGAUCGCGAGGAACUGGGUCGCCACAGCUGGGCUGUGCUCCACACCCUGGCUGCCUACUACCCGGACCAGCCCACCCCAGAACAGCAGCAAGACAUGGCCCAGUUCAUACAUUUAUUUUCCAAGUUUUACCCGUGUGAGGAGUGUGCUGAAGACAUAAGGGAGAGGAUAGGCAGGAACCAGCCAGACACUCGAACUCGUGUGUCCUUCACCCAGUGGCUAUGCCAUCUGCACAACGAGGUGAACCGCAAGCUGGGAAAGCCGGACUUCGACUGCUCACAGGUGGAUGAACGCUGGCGUGAUGGCUGGAAGGACGGCUCCUGUGACUAAAGGAAGGCCAGCCUGGCUGGAGAGGGUCCCCACAGGGAAAGCUCAGGGAGAUUUUUCUCUGAGGGUCCACUCACCGUGCUACUCACUUCCUGGCAGGCACAUGGCCUUUCACAGUGGUGGCAGGCUUGUCCGAAGAGGAUCCUGGGGACAGCUUCCUUAGUUUUGAGACCAAAAUAAAAUGCUGGGGAAGUGA